UCUCAUUGAUAGACGGGACUGAGAGGGGGGCUUCCAGCCCCCCUGGACCGGCAGGGGCUUUAUUCUAAGAGUCACUGGCGCUGCGCUUUUCCUCCCCGUUUGUAGGUGAAACCCCAGUGGCUUCAUUGGCUCCUUGAUUUAAACCACGCCCGGCUUGCUGCCGGCUUUGCUGCUGCUGGGCCAGGAGGCCCAGCCACAUCCCAACCCCGUCUGCCGGGAGCCCGGGCUGCUGCUGCUAUUGUGUGGAUGCCCCGCGUGUCUUCUCUUCUCUUCCAGAGAUGGCUAACAGGGGCCCGAGCUACGGCUUAAGCCGAGAGGUGCAGGAGAAGAUCGAGCAGAAGUACGACGCGGACCUGGAGAACAAGCUGGUGGACUGGAUCAUCCUGCAGUGCGCCGAGGACAUACAGCACCCGCCCCCUGGCAGGGCCCAUUUUCAGAAAUGGCUAAUGGACGGGACGGUCUUGUGCAAGCUGAUAAACAGUUUAUACCCACCCGGACAAGAGCCCAUUCCCAAGAUCUCAGAGUCAAAGAUGGCUUUUAAGCAGAUGGAGCAAAUCUCCCAGUUCCUAAAAGCUGCGGAGAUCUAUGGCGUCAGAACCACUGACAUUUUUCAGACCGUGGACCUUUGGGAAGGGAAGGACAUGGCGGCCGUGCAGAGGACCCUGAUGGCUCUAGGCAGCGUUGCAGUCACCAAGGAUGAUGGCUGCUACCGGGGAGAGCCAUCCUGGUUUCACAGGAAAGCCCAGCAAAAUCGGAGAGGAUUUUCAGAGGAGCAGCUUCGCCAGGGACAGAACGUAAUAGGCCUGCAGAUGGGCAGCAACAAGGGGGCCUCCCAGGCAGGCAUGACCGGAUAUGGGAUGCCCAGGCAAAUCAUGUAAGACGCUGCAUCCCGCGACCCAGUAGAGAGGACGAACGUGCCACACCAUGGUCUCUAUGAUAAAGAAAUAGUUAGUCACCUUCUGACCUUCUCUUCUCAAAGCCUCCUGUCCCUGGUUUUUUGCAAGUGCUGCAUUUCUGCCGCGAAUCCACGUUGCCUACGGCUGCCACCUUCUGUUCAUUUAGAACUAUGCAAAGACUCCGCUUCCUUCCUCUUCCUGAGCUCCUUCUUUGCCCUGAAAGCCUUCAUGUACCUGAUUAUUUAUUUAUUUAUUUAUUUGCCAAAAAUUUCCCUCCUCAACUUAUAGAACGCACCUAAUAAACAAAUUAGUCUUGUGUC